GCUCCCGCGGCUCGUGCGGUUUGUUUAGUUUGGAGGCGGAGAGUUCCAGAGCGUUCACACUGAUUUACUUAAACCGGAUUAUUCUAAUUCCUUUCCUCGCGGAGAUGAGCCUCGCUCACUGAUGAGGACUCGAGCCCAGCAUGGAUACCGCCAUUGACUUCAAAUCUCUUCGCGCCAAGUUUCAGGAGGAGUUCCAGUCGAAGGAGAGGCCGGCGGUUCCUCACCGACCCAAGCGCUUACCACCACUUCCACCAGGGGGCGCCACCUCUGCAGUCUACAGCACCCCUUCUUCUACAGCAGACAGGAACCACAUCACGCCUCAAGUUGUUCUCAGAGACGAGCGGAGGGCGGGAACAGUGAAACGCCCUGUUUCAGUCCCUACCAGCUUCUUCCACCAUGGGAACGACGGUGGAACCGGUGUUGGAAGGCUUUCCAUGAAGGAUCGCCAGUUUCCGUUGGUUCUUCCAGCCCAGCUCUCGUCCAAUCACGAGUCAAAGCACGACCAGGUCACUCCGUCUGCUAAACUGGUAACGUCACCAAUCAAAUGCGGGAAGAAAGCCAUGCCCGCCCCCUUCAAGCCCACCAAGUUUUCCAAAUGCAUCAAGGAUAUUCUGGAAGCUGCUGGAGAACGUGCUGAAAAUGGCCACAAACCACACUCUGUAGAGUCCACCCCAACGGGGGAAAGUGUACCCAACGGAUUCAGCCACCAUCAUCACCACAACCACCACAGUCAGGGGUCAAGCUCUGGAUCUAGCCCAGAACAACCAGGUACACCCCCAAAACCGUCGACAGAAAGCUCCUCCUCAGUGGGCCAUGUCCUGAGCACUCUAGAGAAAGCCAAAAAGAAGUUCUCGCCAAAGAAUCUGCUGGUUUAUGCCCGACCCAAGAGUUUCUACGCCAGUAAAGGUCAGAGUUCACCGCCUUCUGGAGAUUACGAGAAUGUUCACCGUGAGGCGAACUCUUGGGUUUCCACUGCUUCAGCCACCUACACCUCCCUGCCUGUACUGCAGACCAGUGCAUUUACCCACAUGACCAGAGCCGUUUUGAAUCUAAAUGGAGAUGUGAGGUCAAGAGUACACAGCGCUGGUCCUCCUCCAGCCCGAAGACCACUUCCUGACCUGGGAUCUCUGGGAGCUUUACCUGUAAAACCACACAGACCUCCACAGGUAGACCUCAGCUCAUACACCUGCGGGCUGUCUCCUGAAACCAGGAACGACGUGUGUUCUUUAAAUCUGGCCGAUAUUCCUGAAUCCGUAUCAGUAGAUGUUCUGGAUGCUGAGAGUUCAGCAGUUCCUCCUCCUCCUCCUCCUCCUGAGUUUGAAGCUCCUGAGUUCCCGGAUUUUGAGGCGUCUGUGCUGGAAGCUCUAAACGAUAGUCUGAUAAACCUGGCGGCUCUGGAUCUGGAAUCCACCGAGUUCAGAGUCCCGCUGCCCCCACCCAGACCAGAGCAGGAGCCUGGGGCCCACCUGCAGGACCCUGAGAGAGGUGCUGAGGUGGUCCUGAAUCCCUCUAUAUACCCUGCAGUGGAUCUCACUGGUCCAGAGCAGAGCUAUAGCGCUCCUCAGCAGAGCUAUAGCGCUCCUCAGCAGAGCUAUAACGCUCCUCAGCAGAGCUAUAAUGCUCCAGAGCAGAGCUAUAACGCUCCUCAGCAGAGCUAUAACGCUCCAGAGCAGAGCUAUAACGCUCCUCAGCAGAGCUAUAACGCUCCAGAGCAGAGCUAUAACGCUCCAGAGCAGAGCUAUAACGCUCCAGAGCAGAGCUAUAACGCUCCUCAGCAGUGCUAUAGCACUCCAGAGCAGUGGGCCGACUCCUGGCCUGAUGUAGCGCUUCAGCCUGAGGCGACUGUAGAGAUACCCAACCCUGAAGCCACGUCUGAGAUCAUCCUGAAUGGAGCUCAUCAUAAUGUACCACCUGACCUGAUUAACUGUGAACUUCCUUCAGAGCCAAGAGGUUGUUGUUUCAGUCUCAGUCAGCAGGGGGAUCAGUAUGAAGUGUGUGAUAACGUGUAUGAAGAGGUGGAGACCAUCACCAAACUGCAGAUCAGAGAAAACUCCCGCAAACGCAAAGAUCCUCCCAAGAAUCCCUAUGCUGAGUCUCCAGCGAGAGAGGAAACCUACAAAAGCAUACGGCACGUCUCACAAUGGAAGGAGCGCUUGAGUCCGGAACACCAGGAUGAGAAAGAGCAGCGGAAGAGAGAGAAACAGCGUCUGGAGCGAGAGAAGAAAGAACAGAAGGAGAGGGAGAAAAAGGAAAACCUGAUGAAAAAGAAGUUUAAAAUCACCGGACAGGAGGAGCCGAUGUACCACGCCCGGGUUCUGGUGACCAGCAAGCUCCGCAAACACGACCUGCAGGUGACGAGCGGAGACACGGUCAGCAUCAUCCGCACCACCAACUGCCCCAAGGGCAAAUGGCUGGCCAGAGACGCCCAACACAAGUAUGGUUAUAUUUCGGUGAUGAAUGUGGAGCUGAAUAUGAAGGAGAUGCUGGAGUUGGGGAAGAGAGCGUCGCAGGCUGCUGGACGAGGACCGGGAGAGCUGGACACACUCAGCCUCAGCAGCAGGUCUUCACAUCACAACCCGGUUAUGACCAGCAGCUUCACUGAUGACAGUGAGGAGUGGAGCGGGGAGGAUGAGACUCUGUCCGCUUUAGCAGAAAACAUGGGUCCUCACAGGGCCGUCUCCAUGCCGGACGUCUUUGGUGGUAACGGCAGUGCUGAACAUGUGCUGAGUGCUGGCAGUAUGGAGGACAUCCCAUCUCAAGUAACUCAUGUGGCUCUUCAGAAGCUUGCAGUUUUCUUCCAGAACUCCAGAGAAGAUCUCCGCACUGUAACCCAGUGCACCGACUCCGAAUCCAACUUCAUCGCUCCAGGUCUGCUGAGCGCUGUGGAGGAACCUCAGUAUGGCGAGGAGGAACAGUGCAGUUUUGCAGACAUGGAGCUGCUGCCUCCUCCUGACCUCUACGCUGAUUCUGUCUAAAACCCAGGUGAACCUUUUAAAUGCUGGGAUGGAGAUGCUGAAGCUGAGGUGAUGAGGAGCACACGCAGUCUGAAGAAGUGUAAUCUGAGCUCUACUGAAACAACAGGAUCUACAGGAGAACUGAUGUUUUAUCAGAACUGAAUAUGACAUGAUUUUCAUUAUAAAAAAUAUAAAGACUUAAGUAAAAAAAAAAAAAAAGAGACAAAUGUUGGUGAAUGUUGGGAGGUAUGGGGGUAUUAUGGUGUGUUUUUUGUCCUUUUCACCGUCAUCAAUCAGCCUUCAUUCUGAGUUUUGUCUUUUUCUGAAUCAUUUUCUCUUUAUUUGACUUUUUUCUGUUACGCAGCUUCAGUUUCUUUUGUUUUGUUUGCUUUAUGUUUGUAUUAAAACACUGUUUUCUGUGAAUGGAUGCAUACAAAUAAAUAUAUACAGAGAUAAAAAUC